UCGAAUAUUUUUGCAAACUUGCUAAUGGCGGCGGCCAGCAAAAAAUUUACGUCCGUCAGUCCGUGGCUAUAGCGUACGCUUUAGUUGUUUUUGAAAUUUGAAAAAACAGCGAUGAUACCUUAUUCUCAGUUCAACGCCAUAGCAAACAGAAUCAUUCAUCUUUUGAACAAUUGCAUUUCUCAGUCUCACAUCCACCAAAUACAAGCUCAGAUCAUCCUCCAUAAGCUCCAUUUCAACACCACCAUUGCCCUCGAUUUCAUCACUGCCUGCCAAUACCAUAAUUUAUCCCUCUUGCACUCUUCUCUCCCUCUCUUCUUCACCCACCACACUAAACCCCAUGUUUUCACUUGCAACACUCUUAUAAAAGCCUUCUCUCACUCUCAAUGUCCUGAUAUUCCUUCGUCGAUAUAUAUUUACAUGAACAACAAUUCUAUUCCUCCUAAUAAUUACACCUUUCCUUUCCUUCUCAAGUCCUUGUCUGACUUUAAGGAUUUCAACCAAGGCCAAUGCGUACAUACCCAUGUUAUAAAGUUAGGUCAGUUAAAUGAUAUUUAUGUUCAGAACUCUUUGUUAAAUGUUUAUGCGUCAUGCGGUCGAGUGGCUCUUUGUCGGAAACUGUUUGAUGAAAUGCCUGAAAGAGAUGUUGUUUCGUGGACUGUUUUAAUCAUGGGAUACAGGGAUGCUCUGAACUAUGCUGACGCGUUGAUUGCUUUUGAGCAAAUGCAAUAUGAAGGUGUAGUGCCUAAUCGUGUUACGAUAGUGAAUGUGUUAGGGGCAUGUGCAAGUCUUGGAGCCAUUGAAAUGGGUGUUUGGAUACAUGAUUUUAUAAGGAAAAAUGGAUGGGAAUUAGAUGUGAUUCUAGGGACCUCGUUGAUUGAUAUGUAUGUGAAAUGUGGCAGAAUCCAUGAGGGUUUAAAUGUGUUCAAAAGCAUGAAAGAGAAGAACAUUUUCACAUGGAAUUCAGUUAUUAAUGGACUAGCAUUUGCAAAAUGUGGAAAGGAGGCUGUUCUGUUUUUCAAAAGGAUGGAGCAAGAAGGUGUAAACCUAGAUGAAGUCACUUUGGUGAAUGUUCUUAGUGCUUGUAGUCACUCAGGUUUGGUUGAUACGGGCCAACAUAUAUUUAGUUCAUUGGUCGUUGGGAAGUAUGGAUUUUCACCAAAUGCUAAGCACUAUGCUUGUAUGGUUGAUCUCUUUGCUCGUGCUGGGCAUCUUGAUUAUGCUUUCAAAAUCAUCAAAGAAAUUCCUUUCGAGCCUACAAAGUCUAUGUGGGGAUCAUUGUUGACUGGCUGUAGAGUCCAUAGAAAUUUAGAAUUAAGUGAAUUUGCUGCUAGGAAACUUGUCGAAUUGGAACCAGGUAAUAGUGCUCAUUAUGUAGUUCUGUCUAAUUUGUAUUCAGAGAUGGGAAGAUGGUCUGAUGCUGCAGAAAUAAGAGAGCUAAUGAAGGAGAAGGGACUUAAGAAGGACUCGGGCUCUAGUUCUGUGGAAUCCAAUCUGAAGGAUACAAUUAUGAUUUGUUAGUACAACAUGUUUCAUUGUGUUUGAAUGCACUAAACGAGUUAUCCCUUAUGUUGAGUGGGGAUAUUUGUGUUGUUUGAUAGGACCAUAUAUGCAUAUCAAGUGUGAUCAUAAUUAAAUUUGAACCACCAAAGCUAAGAAUUAUUGUGGUAGAGUUCUUCUUCUUCGCCCCUUCUUGGGCGUAGGACGGGGGUUGUUCGAACUGGGAACAAGUAGACAAUAAUUUUGGUCAAAAUAUACCUUUUUUGUAAGAAAUGAAAAUGCAAAUGGCAUACGCCAGAAA